AUGAGCCAGAUGAGUUUGCCGGAUGGAAGGAUAAACGACAUGGAAACACUUCUUCGUAGAAGAAAUACAAUACGCCUGAAAACGGUGGAUAAACCAACAGACAAUCAACUUGGCAAGGCACUGGAGACACCGACGCUUAGCCUUCACGAUUUGAAGCUUGCAUACAGUGAAUACUACUUAAGCCUGGUCCUCCUUCAAAAUUACCAGAGCUUAAAUUAUACCGGCUUCCGCAAAAUUUUGAAAAAACAUGAUAAGCUUUUCCAGCGAUCCAAUGGACUUCAGUGGUAUAAGGAAGUAGUCUCAGAAGCUCCAUUUUACAUGGACAACACAGUCGAUGACCUCAUCGCCACUGUAGAGGUAUGCCAUCAGUACCCUUGUUCAUACGAAUCUAAUUUCACUUCUAUCGUACCGGACUUAUCUCUUAUUUGA